AUGUUGAUAAUUCACAUUCUUCUGCUCGCCGAACUGGUGGAACUAGACAUGCUCAUGAGUCGUUGCGACCCCUCAGAUCAUGCUGUGUUUGUGCCGGAAUCCACCUCGAAGAUGCCGCACAAGAGGAGUAGAACAGGGUGCCUCACAUGCCGAGAUGAGGGCUACAAAUGCGACGAAGCAAAGCCUCAUUGCGGCCGCUGUGUCCGCUUGGGCAAGACAUGCAAGGGGUACGGGCUAAGAGUGAGAUGGAAGUCAGCCGACGACCCCAAAGACAGCGGAAGAGUUACAAAGAAGAAAGGUCCAAAGUCCAAGGGCAGUAUUGGACCUCGGAAGGCCACACCGCCUUCAAGCGAUGAGCAGCCCGCCACGCCUAGCUCCAGCUCGAUGACGGCGACGUCGACAUCGAGCCCAGACAGUCUCAUCCGGAAUCCGUCAUAUCUAUCGCCAGAUGUCUCCCCAAUGAACCGCUACUUGCUGCAUCAUUGGAAUGGGUCACUAGCGAGUGUCAUAUCGAUGGCAUCCGGUGUGCAGAACCCGUUCCUCGUCCACCUCACGCCCAUGAUGCUCCGCUCCACAGCUCUGCUCUUCUCAAUCUCCUCCAUGGCGGCGGGCCACCUCGCCAUCCUCCGGAAUGACAGUAACCUCAAAACGCUAUCUUCACGCCUUAUGCUCGUCGCCUUGUCAUCCUUACGAGAAUCAAUUCAGGCCGAGAACCCGGAGCUCUCGCUGGCGACCAUCCUGAUGCUCCAGAUUUCGGACCGCCUCUUCAAUACCGACAGCCAAAUCGAUCAUCUGGCUGGAGCCAAAGCCGUCAUCAUGCACUCGGGAGGACCCGCGAACUGGAAUACUUCGAGCGCCCGGUUUCUGCUCAGCCUCUGCUUCUACCACGACGUCAUGUCAUCCAUUUCUCGCGCAUCGAAGCCGCUGUUGAGCAUGACGAAUGUCGCGCCUCUGGAAGGCUUGCAUAGUCUGGCCAAGCUUACUUCAGUCGUCUCCAUCGUCAGUACCAUCAGCAAAAUGCAAGGGCAAUCCGGCGAAGCGCACCAGCAGAGGGGUUACGUCAUCAAAAGAAACCUAUUGGAAUUCAGCUUCUCUGAGGAAGGGGAUCCUGAUAUUGAGCACACGAUCCAAGCCUACAAACACGCGGCGAUUGUUUACCUUUAUCGAGUCUGGGACGACGGAGAAUCGUCGACCAAGCCAUACUACGCAGAGCAGUGCAUCUACCACCUAUUGAAAGUGCCUAUCACAUCAUCCUUCGUCUCUGCUCAUGCGUGGCCUCUAUGGACUGGCGGCUGCGAAUCUGUCGAGGCCCACCUACGUCAAAUGGUUCUUGUCAGGAUCAGGGAGAUGUAUCAAAAUCGGCAACUGCCUUCCCUCCGACGCGUGCAAGAAGACAUGGAAGAAGUGUGGCAGGUCAAGGAUGCACAGAGGCUGCAGUUUGGAACGGAAAAUGUUGAUUGCUGCAAGAUGAUUCUGCAUACCCGUCAUCGAGAGGCAGACUUGGUCUAG